AUGGCUUCUCUUUGGUUGAAGUUUUUCUCCUUAUGUCUAAUAUGCAUCAAUGGUAUUGCUAAACCAAUUCCGAAUCAAGAAACCGAAUUCGAAUGCGUCUCUAUGUACAAACAAUCUGCGUUGCAACACCCUCAAAUGAAGAAUCACCAAAUACAGACUAGACCAAGUCGAGAGCUUUUAUCAAUGCUCUCUACUUCUAAUGAUAACACAAUCACAAAGAUUGUUUUGAAGGGAUCAGAAGAAUGUCCUCAAGGACAAGUACCCAUUCACAAACCAAAAACCAAUUUAACCAAUAAUCUUAUCCAUCCACAACAUUCAGGUAGUCUCCUUAAACAAGCUCGUCGGAUUAAAAAGAAGAGAAAGAACCGUUCACUUACAAAAAUACAAAAUAAACCUUUUGGUUCCGCAAAGUUAAAGUCCCAAAAAAGUAAAAGACCUAAUCACCCGCCAAAAUUAUUUACAGAGACCCAUCUACAUUAUGCAGUUGUUAGGACAUUUGAAAAUACGACAAAAAGAUGGCGUGGAGCACAAGCAUUGUUCAAUAUUAACAAGCCACGAGUGACGCAAAAUCAAUUUAGUAAGGCUUGGAUUUGGCUUAAUUACAUACAAGGAAACUCAAUGAGCAGCAUCCAGUUUGGUUGGGCUGUGCAUACAAAACUAUAUCCUGAUGACCGUCCAAGACUAACCACAUUUUGGAUGUCGGAUCAACAACCAAAAGGAUGUUACAAUGCGUUAUGUCCAGGAGGUUAUGUCCAAAUUCAUAAUUCAAUUUACCCUGGUUUGCUUUAUGAUCAAAUUAGUGUUCCAGGAGGACAACAACACACUGUCCAUCUUUCUGUUUCAGAGGAUCCAGUGACAAAGAAUUGGGUAUUGACGAUAGGAACAAUAAUGAUAGGUUAUUGGCCACAUCAAAGUUACAUGGCACAAGGAGCUUCGGAAGUUUACUUCGGUGGAUUCGCAGGAACUGCAUUGUCUCAAACCAUUAUAAGCCCACCAAUGGGAACUGGUGAUUUUCCGACAAAAGAUUUGACUCGGUCUUGUUUCAUGAAACAACUUAAAUACGUUCUUGAGGAUUAUUCACUUGUGGAUAUUAAUUCUAAUGAGGUCGAGGAAUAUGUUGAUAAUCCUAAGUGUUAUGGGUUAAUGUUUCUUAAGUAUGUUGAUUUUGAUUCCAGAGAGACUCUUACGUUUGGUGGACCUGGUGGACAAUGUAUUCUUUGA